GAAUAAUUUUUAUUUUAAUUCAUAAAAAUGGUGUCAACGGCUAAAACCGCGAAGCUAACAAAGAAAGGAAAGAAAGGUAACAAGGAGAUCAAAAAUGAUAAGGCAGAGAACUGGCAAAAGGUGAAAAUAAAGGGCCACGUGAUUUCCGAUGAGUUUGGCGGCUACGAGGGCCUGAUUGGACUGGAAGUUCUGGAGGAUUACGAUGCAGAGCUGGUAAAGUCUUCAAAGAAGAGAGCCUCUAAAAGGAGUGAUAAAAAAGAGAAGGUGAAGAGUAAAAAGAAGAAGGUAUCCAAGACUGAGGAGGAGGAGGAGGCCAGUGAGAGCUCCAGUGAAUCGGAAAGCGAGGACGAGGUGGUGUUUACGGCCAAGUCCACCAGAAAGGCGCGUCAAGCCGAACGUCAUGCACAGAAACUAGAAAAACUGAAAGAGAAACGACAAAAGCGAAAGGAAUCGCGAAAGCUGAAAAAGGAAAAUAUUGAAGAAGAAGAUGGUUCGGAGUCGGACGACAACGAGGAGAAUCCUUCAGGUCAAUAUGUACUGUUGAGACCUCCACAAUCGGACGAUGAAAAUGAGGAGGCAGCGGAGCCCUCGAGUGAUGAAGAAGUACCUCAGCUUGUGCCCGCUUCGACUGAAUACGAGGAUGAACUGUCCGCUUGGAAUGGCUUGGGAGUGCCAUCUAACAUUCUUCGAGCACUGGCUGAACAGGGCUUUAAGGCACCCACGCAAAUUCAGUCCAUGACUCUGCCAGCUGCCAUCCACGGCAAAAAGGAUAUCCUGGGAGCUGCGGAAACGGGCAGUGGAAAGACCCUGGCCUUUGGCAUUCCGAUGCUGGCUGGAAUUAUGGAGCUGAAGCAGAGAAAUGCUAGUUCUGGCAUUCGCAAGGCCCCCAAAGUGAAGGGCGCGCCAAUAGCUCCGCCAGCCGACGAUGAGCAUGAACUGACGCCGCCGCCUGACGAGCUGGACCACGUGUCUGGUGCCAGCGAUGAGGACAGCGACGCCGAAGAGCGGGAACAGCGCAAGCAAACUCCCCUGUACGGUCUGGUGCUAACACCCACUCGGGAGCUGGCCGUCCAGGUAAAGAAUCACCUGGUGUCUGCAGCUAAAUACACUGGAAUCAAAGUAGCUGCUAUCUUCGGGGGCCUGUCCGUAGCCAAGCAGGAACGUGUGCUCCGGCAGUGUCCGGAGAUCGUUGUGGCCACCCCCGGCCGCCUCUGGGAACUGUUUGCCCAGGGCAACCAGCACCUCAACAAACUGGAUGAUUUGAGCUUCCUGGUUAUCGACGAAACGGAUCGUAUGGUCGAGAAGGGUCACUUCGAAGAGCUUAGGAGCCUUCUCAAGGUGCUCAACGCAGACGAGCAAAAGAAGCAACAACGCCAAAACUUUGUUUUCUCCGCCACACUGACUUUGGUCCAUGAUCUACCAGAUCAUAUGCAGAAGCGCAAUGUGGGAAAGCGUCCCAAGUUUGUGAAGCAAACGGUGGAUCAGAAAAUCGAAAGCCUCAUUGAGGAGCUCGGCAUAUCUCAGCCCAAAAUUGUAGAUAUAACCAGCACUCAACAAACCGCUCAAACGUUGACCGAAAGCCGUCUGCUGUGUCCCAUCGAUCAGAAGGACUUCUAUCUAUAUUACUUCAUCCAGCGUCAUCCCGGCCGCACCAUCGUCUUCUGCAACUCCAUAGACUGUGUGAGGCGUCUGGCCACGAUCUUUGGCCUGCUGGAUUGCAGUCCUCUUCCCCUCCAUGCCAACAUGAUUCAGAAGCAGCGCCUGAAGAACCUUGAACGCUUCCGCGACUGUCCCACAGGUCUGCUAAUCGCCACAGAUGUAGCUGCCCGUGGCCUGGACAUUCCGAAUGUGGAGCAUGUCAUUCACUAUCAGGUGCCACGCACCAGUGAGAACUAUGUUCAUCGCUCGGGCCGAACUGCUCGAGCCAAUAAGCAUGGAAUAACCGUCAUGUUCAUGGAACCUGGCGAGGUCAGGAGUUACGUGAAGCUCUACAAAACACUAGAGAGAACCGAGGAUCUGCCACUAUUCCCCAUCUCGGAGCGUUUUUUGGCCGGUGUGAGAGAGCGUGUAAACCUAGCUCGUGACCUGGACAAGGAGGAGCUGAAACUCAAGCGGGUUCAGAGCGAGCGUGGCUGGAUGAAGAAGCACGCCGAGGAAAUGGACAUGAUCAUUGAUGGCUACAACGAUGAGUCUGGCAGCGACCAAGAUGAGGAUCCCUUUGUGAUAGAACGACGACGCAAUCGCGUCCACGUGGAAACAGUGCGGGCACAGCUCCAUUCUCUCCUAGCUCAGCCCCUUUUCCCCAGAGGCUUCAGCUUCAAGUAUCCCAACAGCGAGAACGCUGAUGUAACCACGAGUCAUACCACAAGUGCCGUGGAUACCAUGAAGGCGGCCAUCGAGGACCAGAAGCUGGCCAAAAAGCAACGAAACAAACGGAAAAAAAAUGCCUAAAUCAACAUUAUUUUACUUAAAAGAUUCACAAAGGAUUAUACAAAUAAAGUUCCGGAUAAGUUCA